UCUGCACCUCUGAUUCGCUUUCCUCUUCCUACACCACUUUUAUCUGCUUCCAUCGAAUCAGCUGAGCGGCGUCUCUUUGCUUUAUCUGCACUCGAUCGUAAGACACAUGCUGGCAAAGAAUUGUUCGUGAUUUCUCCAGCUGGUGAGUGGAUGUCUCGUUUGCCAGUAGCAGUUCGCCACGCUCGUAUGCUUCUAUUUGCCAACCAGGUUGGACUUAUGCCUUACGCUGUUAUUUUGGUCGCUGCACUUUCUGUGCCUGAUCUUCUACUUCCCACCCCAAACUUACAUUCAUUGGAAUCUGAUGCACUAAUUUUGGAGGGCAAUAAUGAUAAACUCUCUGAAGUACUCUCAGGGAUAGAGAAGGAGCGUGUCAAUUUCCAGAACCAAUUUAUCAAGAACAUUAAUGGCUUUGUCGCUUACUUUUAUAUAUCUGAUUAUCAACCAGAAUAG